UCGAUGGUCCUUCGCGACACUGGCAGCACGACACUGUCAGUGCCAUCGGGGCGAAUGGAAUUUCUUCCGUGGUGCGAAACCCGUUACGUGAUACCGUCGCGCCGCGCUCUUGUCCAGCGUUAUCGCUGGGAGGCGACACCGGGGUGUCGCAGUCGCCGUCGCGCGUGGUCCCUGAUCCUACUGAUCCUUUCGCGAGGACGCUGCCAGACGCGAGAAUGACGUCCCGCCAUGAGAAGGAGCGUGCCAAGCAGAUCCAGGAGAAAUGUCAGAAUCUGCUGACGCAGAUGCUCCGCGACGAGGACAACAAGUACUGCGUCGACUGCGACGCGAAAGGACCAAGAUGGGCCAGCUGGAACUUGGGAAUUUUCUUGUGUAUUCGGUGUGCUGGUAUUCACAGAAACCUUGGAGUACACAUAAGCAAAGUCAAAUCUGUUAAUUUAGACACAUGGACACCCGAACAAGUAGUGAGUUUACAACAAAUGGGCAAUUCUCGAGCCCGAGCAGUCUACGAAGCUAAUCUUCCAGACAGCUUUCGAAGACCUCAAACAGAUUGUAGCCUGGAAAGUUUUAUUCGUGCAAAAUAUGAACAUAAAAAGUAUAUAGCUAGAGAAUGGGUGCCGCCUCCUUUACCAAAAGUAAAUUGGGACAAAGAACUUGAUGAAGAAGCGGAAAGACAGCGCAGACGAAAAAAGGAGAAUUCAGAAACUGCAACCACUGUACUCCCACCUGUAAAAAAACCAGAAGUAGUGCCUCAAUUGCCAAAACCUCGCAGUUCUGUCAGUCCUAAACUGGGCAGAACAAAAGAAAAUUCUGCAAUCCACGAUCUCUUAGGUCUUGAUGCACCAACAACUAACCAAACAAAUGUAAAUGGUUCUGGGGAUGAUGUAUUUUCUUCCUUCUUGUCUGCACCACCUGCUUUGGUAGCUUCAACUGGAAAUGACAGUUCCAAUGGAAGCACUACUGCAAGUAAAAGCGAAGAGGAAAAUUUCUUUAACCAACCGACCCCGCUACCUCAGGAAAAAAGCAAGAUGACGAAAGACAGUAUUUUAGCAUUAUAUGGUACUCCGAGUCAUCAACCAGCAAUUUAUGGUGUCUCAGGAGGAGUAUAUCCUCAACACUCCAUACCAUAUAAACAGCAAAUGCCUAAUGUGGGUGCAUUUGGACAACAAAACUCUUUGACUCAACUCGGUCAACUUCCCACACAAUUACCGGUUACAAAUCAGAUACCUGUAAAUCAAAAUCAAAUUAUAGCAAAUCCUAAUUCGAUAGGUGCUGUACCAGCCAAUUCUUUGGGCUUACACAUAGGACAAGUGAAUCAAUUAAAUGGUGUACCUAAUGCUGCUAUCACAGUACCACCUCAAAUGAUGAUGCAGUUAGGACAAAAUAAUAUUGCUAGUAACAAUGGAUGGAGUGGAAUGCUAACACAGAAUAUUCAACCAGCUCCUGGCAGUAAUCCCUUCUUUAAUUUAACAGCACAACAGCAACAAACUACUGCAUUUGCCGCUCAGUUGCCACAACAAAUGUCGCAGAUGUCUCUGGGUGAUAUGAAUUUUGUCGCUACAACAGGCAAGCCCGCCCCUGCCGCACUACCCGGGCAGACCCUUUCCACCAAUUUGUGGCAGUAAAAUUAUCAUGGAUAUUGUUAGCCUGUUGAUUAUCUCAUUCAGUGUUGUAUACUAAUGUCGACAGUUUAUUAUCCAAUGUAAUGAUUUCAUGUCCGUCGAUUGGACAUUGCUUUGGAAAGUAAUAGAACUGAUGAUAGAGACAAAAAUGAAAAAACCAACUAUUCGAAUGUUGUCUCAACACAUAAUUCGUCAAUGUUUAUAGUGCUUCAAUAGAUACAUAUUUUUAUUUGAAAGCCAUUACUAAGUUUCAAUAUUAUUAUUGGAAAACAAAAGAAAAUUGGAAUAAAAAUAAGACGAGUCUUUGACUGAGAAUAUAAGUAGUUAUUUGUGUAACAUUAAUAGGCGAUUUUUGGCGAUCGUUUCAUACAUGUACCAAACUGUACCAGAACCAAUAAGAUAAAAGUUUACUUAUAUCUCAUUGGUUUUGGUACAGUUUGGUACGCUUUGAUACAUGUACAAACGAUCGCCAAAAAUCGCCUAAUAUGUACCUCAUGGUACAAAUUAUGUUGCUACAAUAAAAGUUUUUUUUGUAAUUGCGAUUAAAUUAUAUGCCAGGGUCCAUUUUCAACAUAAUAGGGUAUUUAUUCGAAUCAGUAAAAACCGUGUAAUUUUUAUUAGUUCAAAUUUUGUUAUUAUACUAUAUGUUUAUGAGUUUAUUUGUGAAAUAAAAAUACGAUUGGCAUAAAGUAUUGAACAGCAUUGAAAAUUUAAUUCAGUGAUACUAUAUCCAGAUUUCAAAUGCUGAUUCGAAUAAAGAUACAUAUGCAUUAUGUACAAGUUCUAUUAGAGACAUAAAAAGACUUGCAUCUUCAAUUUAUUUUUAAGAUAUUAUAUAUUCGACACGUGCAAUAUGUGUCUACAUUUAUUCUGUAUUGGUAAAUGCGAGAUAUAACGCAUUUGAAUAAGAUAUAGAAUAUAUUACUGUUGUGACAAUGA